AGACAACAAACAUUGACUUUGCUGCCAACAUUGACUCUAGUACCACACAAGAGACAUUCAUCUCGAAUUUAGAUCUAAGACAACCAAAAUCAGAAGCAACGAAACUUAUAAUCACAACUUAUAUACACUCUUCUAAUUCUUCUCAAGUACUUCCAUGGCCAUCAUCACUGAAUUACCAGAAGAACAAGAAGCUGCAAUAACAUAUGAUGUUUUCCUGAGUUUUAGAGGGAAAGACACUCGUCUGGGUUUUAUGGAUCACCUCUACCAAGCUUUGGUGAAUGAAAAUAUCUCUACCUUUCUUGAUGAGGAAGAGGUUGAAACUGGGGAAGAACUUAAACCCGAGCUUGCAAGAGCUAUAAAAAGCUCGCGUGCUUCAAUAAUCGUCUUGUCUAAGAACUACGCGUCUUCAACAUGGUGUCUGGAUGAGCUCGUGAUGAUCCUUGAGCAACGAAAGGUCUCUAACCAUGUUGUUCUCCCUAUAUUUUACAACGUUGAGCCGAACCAUAUUAGGAAGCAAGAAAACACUUUUGGAGAAGCGUUAUUUUUACACAAACAGAGGAUUAAGUCCGAAAAGGAUGCAGAGAAGAAAAUUGAAGGUGCUCAUAAGUUGGAGAUGUGGAUGAAAGGACUUAAAGAAAUUGCUGAUUUGAAAGGAAAAGAGGCAAGCGGAAGAAGAGAGACGGUGGUUAUUGAAGAAGUCGUGAAAGAAAUUAAUACUAGACUGGAACUACACUUGAAAAGGAGGAUCCCACACAUAAUUGGGAUGGGGGAAUCUAUUUAUACCAUCAGUUCCUGGUUAAAAAGAGGAUCUUCUGAAGCUGCUGAAAUUCUCACAAUUUGGGGAUUGCCAGGGAUUGGGAAAACAACAUUGGCAAAACAUAUGUAUAUGUUGCACUUCCAUGAAUUUGAAAGAAGUAGCUUUGUUGAAGCCAUUGGAAGAAUAUGUGCACAACAGACAUGUUCGUUACUAGAUUUGCAAAAACAGCUUCUUGGAGACAUUCUCAAGAAAAGAAAUAUUGAAGAACAUGAUGCAGAUUGGUGCACAUCUAAGGUUGAAAAGGCAUUAUCUAGGAAAAAGACACUUCUGGUUCUUGAUGAUGUUGAUAACUUUGAGCAACUGGAUGUGCUUAUUGGAACAAAAGGUUUUCAUCCCGGAAGCAAGAUUAUAGUAACAACCAAAGAUGGGUCCCUAACAGAAAAGUGUUCAUUGUUUCGUAUGAAAUUUCCUCCAAAGCAUACAAAGCUUCCACUUCUUGGCUUAACUAACACUACAUCUAUGAGACUUUUAUGUUGGCAUGCGUUUGGAAACAUUGAUCCCCAGAAAGGUUAUGAGAAAAAAGCACUACGAGUUGCCAAGUAUUGUGGAGGACAUCCAUUGGCUCUUAAAGUUUUGGGUAGUUCAUUAAUUAAUGAAGGUGCAUCCAUAUGGAGUGAUGUACUUGAAAUGUUGGAGGCAAAAGGAUAUUUAACCGAUGUACAAGAGAAUAUACAAAAGGCUCUGCAAAUUAGCUUUGAUUCUUUAUCAGGGGACUGCAAAGAACUUUUUAAGCACAUUGCUUGCUUUUUUGUUGGAAAAGAAAGAGAAGUUACAGAAACUAUAUUAACGGAAUGCGGGUUUCAAGUAUCUUAUGGGAUCACCAAGCUCAUUGAUAGAUGUCUUCUCACGAUUACAUAUGAUAAUAAGUUUACAAUGCAUCAGUUGCUUCAAGAUAUGGGGAGAGACUUAGUCCACAAAGAAUCACCUGAUAAGCCAUGGAAGCGUAGUCUUGUGUGGAAACAUGAGGAGACCCUCAAUUUGUUGAAAAAUGACAAGGGUACCCAAAGAAUUCAAGGUCUUAUCCUUGACAUGAAUUUAUUGAGGCAAGAGACAUUGCCUAGAUCAUUAAGUAGUGUGAGAAAGCAUAACUUCCAAUAUGAUGAUGAGAACAAGAGUUUUAGAGCUGCUCAACCAAUCCAGAUGAUUUAUGAGUUCUUUUUAAGAAUUUGGUUGGUUUUGGCUCAGCUUCUCCUAAUGCUUUCAUCUUCUCAUUGCAAAAAGGUGGAAUUGAGAGCAGAUGCAUUAAGGAAGAUGGAUAAGCUAAAGCUGCUCCAACUCAAUUAUGUAAAACUCAACGGAUCUUACAAGAAUUUUCCAAUAGGUUUAAGAUGGUUGUGCAUGCAUGGAUUCCAUUUAAAAUUCAUACCUUCAGACUUACCAAUGGAAAAUAUGGUUUCUCUUGACAUGUCUCACAGUAAUCUGACACAGCUUUGGAAGAAGCCAAAGCUUCUUGGGUCAUUGAAGAUUCUUAAUCUGAGGAAUUCCAAGCUUGUUAGAGUCGAAGGCUUCUCUGGUUUACCUGCACUUGAGAGGUUGUUUCUUAACAACUGUAAAAGCUUGGUUUAUGUGUGUGAGUCAAUUGGUGGAUGCGAUAGCCUUGUUAUUCUUGACCUGAGCUACUGCAAUAAGCUUAGUAAUGUUCCAAUUAGCAUUAGCAAGUUAAAGAAUGUUCGAAUUUUAUCAUUAAACAGUUGCUUAGGUGCUAGUGGAUUUCUAAUUCGGAUGAAGGAUAUGGAGUCAUGUGCAUCUUCCUCUUCUAUUGGAGAAUUUUUACCGAAAACUCCAAAAUCAUUUUUAGUACCCUCAUUAGUAACCUUAUCACUUAUAGGCAAUAAUUUAUCUAAUGAAUCCUUUCCGAAGGACUUCAGUAGCAUGUCAAUGUUGAAGACAUUAUAUCUAAAUAAGAAUCCAAUUGAUUCCUUGCCUGAUUGUGUGAGAAGCCUUAGCAGGCUUGAGGAACUCCAUGUUGGAGAAUGUUGGAUGUUGAAGUCGAUAUUGUGCCCUCCACCUACAAUCCAAUAUUUGUGGGCUGACGAUUGUCCAUCGCUUAUUAAAAUAACAUUCCCUCAAGAAAUGUGGGGGGUACCAUUUGUUUUUUUCGAGGAGUCGGAGUCGUUGACCGAAGUUCAAGGCAUAAUGAAAAUUCAAGCUGUAGCACAAAUUGAUGACAUCAUAUUAUGUCGCUUGGGGUGGACAAAUAUACAACAUGUGAAAGAUCACAAGAUACGGAUAUUGGAUUCAUACAAACAGCCUUGUGAUGCAAAGAAACUCCCACUCCGGAUGUUUUACGAAUUUGGAAUAUUUAGCACAUGUUUUCCUGGGAAAGCAGUUCCAGAUUGGUUACCUCAUAAAAGCAAGGGUUCAUCAAUAUCAAUAUCAAUAGCCAUGCCAUCAUCUUCAAUGAAUAAAAUGAUACAGGGAAUAAAUAUAAGCUUUGUGCAUACAUUUUUAGGUAGAGGAAUAACAAGUCGUAUAAGAAUAAAAGUAGAGAACGUGACAACAAAUUGCAAGUGGAGGUAUAGUGGUGGUAUGUAUGCUGUUGGAGAAACUGAUGAAGAUAUAGUAUGGUUAUGUCAUUGGAUGUUUGGGGACAAUGAGAUUAAAAAUGGUGAUGAAGUUGGUGUUACAAUAAUAGAUGACGGAACAUAUGUUGGAAUAAUGGUAAGAGAGUGUGCAAUCAGUCCUGUGUAUAAUACUGAUAAAGAGAAUGAAGAAGAUCCUUUGAGUUAUUACAAGUCGUGGAACCGUAGAUGGACUUGCAGAUCAUGA